CUUGAUCUUUCGAUUUCUUUCAAGAAGUCAAAAAGUCGAGUUUUCAGAGAAUGAGGGAAAUUGCCCAAUGCGGCACUACGGCCGCCUGUUGCCGGAGAGCAGCACAAGAAGCACAAGAAGCAGCUCUUCUUUCAAGCUGUGCUGCCCAAGAGGUAUGAGCCUGCCCCCACACAAGAAGAAAAAGGGCAGGGUGGCUACCAGCUGCCAGAGAUUCCACGAAAAGAAGAUCAAGUGCAAUCAAGCCAGACCUGUCUGUGACCAGUGUCUCAGGACCCAACAUGCCAGGGGAAGCCUGGUUCGAUGCCACUAUGUCCAACCUGCUUCCUCUGCUUCUUCUGCUGCCACGAAGCCUAGUGGUACUGGUGUUCUGGGUUCUGUGAUCAGUGACCACUACCUCAAUGCUGCUGCUGUUCCCAUAGGCUGCUUGGUUCUGUCGCCAAAUCUAGCCAGCACUCGCCCAAUGUACUCGAGCUAUAAAAAUGGUGUCAAUGUGUUUAGAUUGGACUCACAGUCCUUCAAGCCAGAGAGCGAGCAGAAUGAAAAGGAUAAAAAUGAGAAAGAGAAAUUGCAGCAAGGGUUUUCAAACGCAUACAUGUAUUCAAUUAACGAUAAAGAUACUCUUAACUAUAAUCAUGAAACCUGUGAUUCAAAAUCCGAAUUAUCUUUAUUAAAUAUUGAUUACAGCGAUAUAUUAAAUUAUGAUGAAACCCAUCCAUUUUCGUUUUAUAUUAAAAAAAACAUUCCUAUUUUGACAAAAAAAAACAAGGGGAAGAUGAGCAUGGCAGGUUUAUUCAGUUGGGAAAAUUUGGUUUCUUGUGAUUUGUAUUAUAUGUAUUUAAAGGAAAAUCUAAAAUACUUGAAGAAGUUUUUAAUCAAAAAUCAAGAUGUAAUAUUGGAUUCUAAACCGGAAAAAAUUAGUAAAUUAGAUAAAAAGAAAUUGAAAAUCAAAUUAUUUUCAAUUUUAAAUGACAAUGACAAUGACAAUGAUCAUGAUUAUGAUUAUGAUAAUGAUAAUUUUAAAAAGAAAAUUGACCAAAAGGAAGAAUUUAAUGAAAUUUUUUUUAAAUUGAUUGAAGUGAAAAAAAAGCAAAAUCAUUUAAAGAUUAAUUUCUAUGAUAUUUAUGACAGUCUUAAUGAUAGUAAAAUUAAUGACAAUGAUUAUGAUUGUGAAAAUAAGUAUAAAGACAUUGAUAUUGAUAUUGGUAUUGAUUUUAAAAAAAUUGAGGAAAAAUUGCCUAAAUUAAAGGAAAUACAGUUAUUGUUGGAUUAUUUUCUUGAGGAGUUGUAUUAUUUUCUUCCAUAUAUUGAAAAGAAACAACUUCAAGAUAUCAUAAAGAACUUUUCAUUAAAUAACCAAUUGAGUUUGAGCAGUUUAGGUAAGUUAGGUAAGAUUAAUAGAAGAAAUAAAUUGGAUAAGUUUGAUAAAUUACUAGAUUUAAUGAUAUUAAUAAUUAUAAUAAUGAUAUCAUAUUUAAACAUGCAAUUGAACCAAAAUAGCCGAAUCAAUGAAAUUAAGGUAAACAAUGCAGUGAUCGAUAUUGUUUAUUUGAUUUUGAAUAAAUUUCAAAUCAUCAAUUUGAUAUCAGUUAAAUUAAUCCAGUUACUAUUGUAUAUCAGAAGUUUUUUUUUCAUGUCAAGGGAAGACGGGAAUGGUGGUGAUCAAAGUGAGAGCAAUAUAAUAAUGAGUAUAAUCAUUAGGAUGAGUUAUUUAUUGGGUAUGAAUCGGGAUGAAGUGAGUUGUAAUACGAUUGAAAUGAGGAAAAUAUGGUAUAUAAUUUAUAAUCUUGAUAUUGAGCAUUGUAUCAAUUACGGGUCGAUAUUAUUGAUUGAUGAUAUUUCAUUUAAUACCAAGAUGCCUAGAUAUAUCAGUGAGCAAGGGAGAGACAUGAAUGAAGAAAAGUAUUAUGAGUUUUUGAAAAGACAAAUUGAGUUUAAAGAGAAAGAUUUGAUGCCAUUUUUAAAAAAGAUUAGUAAUAUUAAAGAGAACUUUUGCAUUGACGAGAUAAAUAAAGAGUUUGGGGAGUAUAAGGAAAAGUUUAAAGAGAACGAAAAAUUCCAGGAAAUAGAUAAUUGUUGUAAUUAUCAGUUUGAGUCAUUUGAAGAAAAGUUGUAUUUAAUAGAAUAUGUCCAGAUCAAGGGAUUUAAUUACCACGUUAAUUAUAAGAUUUUUUUGCAUUAUGAAGAAAAGUUGCUAUAUUAUUUGAAAUACAAGGUGAAGGAAGAACUGAAAGAGAAUUGUGAUAGUAUUGAGGAUAAAAGCAAAUUUGAUGAGGAAGUUAAAAAGUUGAUUGAAAUCAAUUUUCAAGAGUUUAAAAACUGUUUAGUUGACUCACUAAAAAUUCGAGAUCUAUUCAACCAUUUUUUUGGUGAUUAUGACAACGCAGACAAUGAUAGAAAUAAAGAAGAAGCUUAUUGUGUAUUGAUACCUAUAUUCUUUGGCAUAAUCAAAAAUGCUCUAAAUUUCCAGAUUUCUGUUGGAAUUCGAGUUUUGUUGAUUACAGAUAGAGUAAGUCGUAGUGACAGCCACAACAGCACAAUGGAAGAGGUUAAGAAUAAGUUAGAGGAGAUAAUGAAGGAGGUUCUUAAAGUGGUUAGGGGGUUUUUAAAAGUUAUAAAGAAUGGAAUCUUUAAGGACUACUACUCGGGAAUUCGAAUAUCGAUGGGAUAUUCCAUUAUGCUCAAGAUGUUAAGCAAUAGCAACGUUGGCGAAAAGGGGAUUCGGCACAUUUUGGGGACCAAGUUCGACAACUUUUUGGAUACACGAGCGUUGUUGGAAACAGGCAGAGAGAAGGAAUUGGUGAAGGAAUACGACGUGGCGGUGAAGAGGGUGUUGCCGCAGAUGCCGUGGCUGGAGCUGCUUGUGCUGGAUUUGCUGCCUGAGAGGGUGGUGCACGUGUAUCGCGAGCACGCCCCCGGAACACACAGCACGCACGCGCAGCACACGCAGCACAACCCUCGCGCGCACGAGCCGACGCUCGAACAGCUCCGGCAGCAGUUUCUUUAUAACAACAUCGAGAGCGUCAGCGUUGACGACGAAACCGCGCUCUUGGCGGCGCUUACAUGCAUGUUUUAGCCCAGUCCACGCAAUCAUGCGCCAAAGCACCUGUUUCCGCACAUACGCGCGGUGCGU